UGUACCGUCUGCAAGACUGCAAUCUGGGUGCCCACCACCACCACCUCCUCCAGUUCGUCGACUUCUUCCCCCAACCGUCUCUCCCUCCCCUCUUUCCUCUGCCUCAAAGCCCCCUCCUCGGCUCCUCCUCAUGCCUUGACGACGCCAUUGGUAGCUUCGCCUGUUGGUCGAAGUGCAGGGGGAGCGAGAGGAAGGGGGGAUACGGCUAGGACGGAGGAGGUCACGGGAGGAGGGGGGAGGGGAGAAGAUGUUUGAUACCUUGCUCAACUCCAAGUUCUACAACAAAUGCAAGCACGCGUUCAAAUGCAUCCGGACGCGGAUGGUACCCAUACGGCGGAAGAAGCACGCCAUGAUUCGGUUCUUGAAGAAAGACGUCGCCGACCUCCUCGCCAAUGGCUUCGACACCCACGCCUUCGGAAGGAUCGAUGGAGUGAUAGUUGAGUUGAAUCAUGCCUCUUGCUAUGACAUGAUCGAGGAGUUCUGUGAUUAUAUUGGGAAGCAACUUGGCAGUCUUCAGAAGCAGAGGGAGUGUCCCCCAGAAACCAGAGAAGCUGUGUCAACUUUGAUUUUUGCCGCCGCUCGAUUUCCCGAUCUACCUGAACUGUGCGACCUAAGGCUCAUAUUCACAGAGAGAUAUGGCAAUUUUGUUGAGCCUUUUGUUAGCCUUGAGUUCGUUCGGAAGCUUGACAGUACAGAGUUCACUAAUGAGGAAAAAUUGCAAGUUAUGCAAAGUAUUGCUGAAGAGUUAUCCGUCAGUUUUGAUGCCAAGGAAUUGAAACUCAAGUUAUGGACCAUGCCAGAAACUGAACUUGAUAUGCUUGGGAAGGGUUCAAGGAAGCCAGCAGAGCUAGCAAUGCCUUUAUCCAACAAGCAAAAAUGCAAUUACUAUGGUCCAUUUGAAAGACAAAAUAAUGAUAUGCUUGAGAAGGGUUCAGGGAAGCCAGCAGAACUAGCAAUGCCUUUAUUCGACAAGCAGAAAUGUGAUGAGGAUGCUCCAUGUGAAGGACAAAAUAAGGAUAUGCUUGAGAAGGGUUCAAGGAAGCAAGAAGCAAUGCCAUUAUCCACCAAACAGAAGUGCAGUGAGGAUUCUCUAUAUGGAAGGCAAGAUAAGGAUAUGCUAGAGAAUGGUUCAAUCAAGCCAGCAGAACUAGCAAUGCCUUUAUCCAACAAGCAGAAGGGUAAUGAGGAUGCUCCAUGUGAAAGGAAAUAUGGUGCUAAACCUGCAUGCCGUACUGAGAAAGUGAAAAUACAGCUGAACCGUAAAGAUAUCCAGGUCGCUGUUGAUGGCAUCGGUCUAAUUGAUGAGAAUUCCAGGAAGCAGCAGUCUAAUAAAUCUGAUGAGAAGGAACAUUUGCAGAAAUCAGUAUCUCCAGUGGACACUAACGGAAGGAACACCCAAAAAGAUGUUAAGAAGCUUAACAGAAGAGAUGGCCGCCCUUCCGAAAAGGAGCUGAUGGAAGCUGUGGAGCUUGACCUCAAUGGCCUACCUAAGAAGGGAUUUGGUGCCGUCAAAUUUCAUGAAACAGAGUGCAACCAAACAGUUCAUCUAAAUGCCAGGCCAAAGGAGGUUGUGAAAGAACACUGUGUUGAAAAAGAGAACGAGGAAAUCAUUCGUCACCACCACCCAUCACGACCUGGUGUAGCUCCGCGUCUAGAGAAUCAAGGACGUCCAGUGAGUCCUUUGAGUGGUAACACUAGAAACAAGGCUCCUCCUUAUGCUAAGAUGAAUGGUGCAAAUAUGAAGAAUGCUCCUGAAAAACAAGCAAACAAUGGUUUCUUGAAUGACAAACAGCAAUGUUUUGCUGAUCUGGCAAAUCCAGUGCAGAAAGGACAAGGAGUGACAGAGAGGGCAACAACUACGCGACCCCCUUAUGUGAAACCAAAAUCUAACAAACAACGUGUGAAUGGUGAUCUUGAAAAGCGAACUCCAAGUGAUUACAGCAAGCACAUCUCUGGAGAAACUGAUCAAUUGGACGAAAAAAAUGUGCAUCGACCUGUUUCUGUCAGAAGGAGAAGUGCAAAGCCUCCUGUUCCUGAUGAUGCCUAUGGUGAGGUGCCUAACAAUCGUAAGAAGGCCACAGGCCAAACACAUAGCAGUCACAAAAGCCACUCAAGCAGGCAGAAUGGUGCUAAAUUUGAUCAUGACCCGAAUGGCAAUGGGACUGCUGAUGUUGUUGGUGAUGGGAGAACUACUAGUAGCUCACCAAAGCACACAGGCAGAAGGAACGGAGCUUUGAACCACAACAAUGACUACGACAGGUUCCUGCAGCAUCGGCAACCAGAAGCAGAUGAUACUGCUAUUGAUUUUGGCAAUCUCUUGCCUCAAAACGCAAAUGGACAUAGGAGACACAAAAACAGAUGCGAUGGUAACCUUGAUGAGGAGGAAAGGAUGAUGGACAAGCUCCUGAUGCACUAUAGCAAGAAAGGUGUGGACUCAACCAACAAAGCGGAGAAUGACCAAGAAGCACAAAUUGAUUCCCAGCAAAAGCUUUCCUUACAUCCUUCGGGUAGAGCUAUCUCGCUACUGCCUGAAUCCAUUGGCCCGGGUAAAGAAGUGAAGGUUCCUGCUCGGUCCACCUCUCUGCAGCCGGACGUUCCUAGGAGCGUGCGUGUGCACCCCAAAAUGCCGGACUUUGAUGAACUGGCUGCCCGGGUCAAUGCUCUGAGGAAGACUUGAGGUGGCAUAAAAUUGCAUCCGACUUGUGUACACGUUCUUUCAGCUGAAGAGUUGAUCCUUUGUUCACAGUUCCUUGCAAGUCACAACCAUUGAGUCAUUCUUUAUGUGCAGUGCCUAUAAGAGAUUAAACAGAUUUGUGUAUGCAUUUUA